AUGAAACAACUGCAUCAACAGCAACUUAUCAACUACACAGGCUACAACAAGCACGGGACCCUCGACAGUAGAAACAACUCCAUCUACAACUACUCCAGCUCCAACCACAACAACAACUGUAGCCCCAAGCACUACAACCCAGGAACCAAGUACUACCGAGGAAACAACUACAGCUACAACUCUACUUCAGCUCCAUCCACUACAACUGAGGAAGCAACAACUACAGAGGAAACAACUACAACUUUAACGCCUGCAGCAACAACAGAAUUUACCACUUCCACAGUAUCAACUACACAGGCUACAACAAGCACGGGACCCUCGACAGUAGAAACAACUCCAUCUACAACUACUCCAGCUCCAACCACAACAAGUGAGACAGCAACAACUACAGAGGAAACAACCACAGCUACAACUACAACUUUAAAUACAGCAGCAACAACAGAAUUAACCACUUCCACAGUACCAACUACACAGACUACAACAAGCACAGGACCAACGACAGUAGAAACAACUGCAUCUACAGCUACUUCAGCUCCAACCAGUACAAUUCAGGAACCUACAACUACAACAGUACCGACAGCAACAACAGAACUGACCACUAGCACUCUAUCCACAACAGAAGCUACAACAAGCACACAGCCAACAACUGAACAAACAACUGCAUCUACAACAACUGUAGCCUCAACCACUACAACUCAGGAACAAACAACAACAGUGGAAACAACCACAGCUACAAGUAUACCAUCAACUACAACACCAACAACAGAACAAUCAACUACACAGGCUGCAACCACAUAUGAAACAACUACAUCAACAACAACUGUAGCCCCAAGCACUACAACCCAGGAACCUAGUACUACCGAGGAAACAACUACAGCUACAACUGUACUGACAACAGCACAAACAGAACUAUCAACUACACAGGCUACAACAAGCACAGGACAAACAACAGUAGAAACAACUCCAUCUACAACUACUCCAGCUCCAACCACUACAAUUGAGGAAGCAACAACUACAGCGGAAACAACUACAAGAUUAACUACUGCAGCAAAAACAGAAUUUACCACUUCCACAGUAUCAACUACACAGGCUACAACAAGCACGGGACCCUCGACAGUAGAAACAAGUGCAUCUACAGCUACUUCAGCUCCAACCACAACAAGUGAGACAGCAACAACUACAGAGGAAACAACCACAGCUACAACUACAACUUUAAAUACAGCAGCAACAACAGAAUUACCCACUUCCACAGUACCAACUACACAGACUACAACAAGCACAGGACCAACGACAGUAGAAACAACUGCAUCUACAGCUACUUCAGCUCCAACCAGUACAAUUCAGGAAGCUACAACUACAACAGUACCUACAGCAACAACAGAACUGAUCACUAGCACUAUAUCCACAACAGAAGCUACAACAAGCACAACCCCAACAAUAGAAGAAACAACUGCAUCUACAACAACUGUAGCCCCAACCACUACAACUCAGGAACAAACAACAACAGUGGAAACAACCACAGCUACAAGAAGCAACAACUACAGCGGAAACAACUACAAGAUUAACUACUGCAGCAAAAACAGAAUUUACCACUUCCACAGUAUCAACUACACAGGCUACAACAAGCACGGGACCCUCGACAGUAGAAACAAGUGCAUCUACAGCUACUUCAGCUCCAACCACAACAAUACCAACUACACAGACUACAACAAGCACAGGACGAACGACAGUAGAAACAACUGCAUCUACAGCUACUUCAGCUCCAACCAGUACAAUUCAGGAAGCUACAACUACAACAGUACCUACAGCAACAACAGAACUGAUCACUAG